AUGAACAUCUUGCACCUUAAAAUGUUACUUAUAAUACUCGUCAGUAUUAACUUCUUAGUGCCAAUUCUCGCCCAAAACCAACCGGGAUGCUUAGAUCGGUGUGGAAAUAUUUCAAUCCCAUACCCAUUUGGCGUGAGCAAAGGUUGCUUCAUUGGUUCCUCAUUCCUCGUGAAAUGCAACAAAACCACUAAUAAGCUUUUCCUAGGUAAUAUCGAAAUCCUUGAUAUAUCCAUCCUCGGAGAGCUACGUAUUCUAUCUUGGAUUGGACGCGAUUGUUAUAAAAAUAAAAUUUCUAUUGAUCGACAAAAUCCACGACUAAGAGUCAGGAAGUUCUAUGUCUCAUCUCUUAAGAAUAAGUUUGUAGCAUUUGGCUGUGACACACAUGCCGUGAUUACGACAUCAUCUAAUACGGGACAAAGGCACGAUGCAACGGGUUGCAUGUCCCUGUGUAACAACAUAAGUGACAUCACAGAUGGGAUUUGCUCGGGCAUUGGGUGUUGUGAAGCUUCUAUUCCCAAAAGGGUCAAAACCUUCAAUAUACAAGUCAGAAGUUACAACAAUCACUCUUCUGUAGAGAGCUUUAAUCCAUGUAGCUAUGGCUUUGUUGCUGAACAAGGAACUUACACUUUCUCUUCAAACGUCUUGGGGAAUUCUUUCGCUCUCACAAAUGUUACACACCCGAUGAUACUAGAAUGGUCGAUAGGAGACUCCAACUGCGAUCAAGCCAAGAUCAAUGCCACAACUUAUGCGUGCAAAGACAAUACUAACUGCCAAGACUUCGAUAAUGGAAGUGGAUACCAAUGCAAUUGUUCUAUUGGCUACCAAGGAAACCCAUAUCUUGGUUGCACCGAUAUUGAUGAGUGUGAGCUUUCAAGGCCAUGCAACAUGACAUGCACAAAUUUACCAGGUACAUACAAGUGUAGUUGCCCUUAUGGAUAUGAAGGUGAUGGCGAGAAAAAUCCAGGUUCAUCGGGUUGUCGUCGUAUUCCCAAAAACAAAGUUCCUUGGAGCAACAUUGCACUUGGUGUUAGUAUAAGCAUAUCAUGUCUACUUCUUGGGGCAUCAUGGAUAUAUUGGGCUUUCAGGAAAAGGAAAAUCAUCAAGCUAAAAGAGAAGUUCUUUGAACAAAACGGGGGCAUUAUGUUGCGUCAACAGCUCUUCAAUCCAGAAGGGGAAGCACAAAAUACUACUCGUCGUUCUUCCAACAUCUUUGGGGAAGAUGAACUCAAGAAGGCUACAAGUAACUACCACGAGAGUCGAAUUCUCGGCCAGGGAGGCCAGGGAACCGUGUAUAAAGGAGUAUUGACUAAUGACACUAUAGUUGCAAUCAAGAAAUCCAAACAAGUUGACAAAACCCAAAUCGAUCAAUUCAUCAACGAAGUUAUAAUCAUCACCCAAAUCAAUCAUAGAAAUGUGGUGAAGCUCAUCGGUUGUUGUUUGGAGACAGAGGUUCCCAUGCUAGUCUAUGAAUAUGUUAGCAAUGGAACUCUAUACGACCAUAUCCAGCAAGGCGAUCAUAAAAGACCUUUGCUUUCGUGGACAAACCGUUUGAGGAUUGCAACUGAAACAGCAGGUGCCCUGUCUUACUUACACGGAGCUGCUUCCAUACCCAUCAUCCACAGAGACAUUAAAUCGACAAACAUACUCUUAGAUGAGAAUUAUACUGCAAAAGUGUCGGAUUUUGGAGCUUCCCGUUUAAUCCCCAUGAAUCAAACUCAAUUGACAACAUUGGUUCAAGGUACACUUGGAUAUUUAGAUCCUGAAUAUUUUCAUUCUAGUCAGUUAACCGAGAAGAGCGACGUGUAUAGUUUUGGAGUGCUUUUGAUUGAGUUGAUGACAAGCAAGAAGGCACUAGACUAUGAAAGGCCAGAGAAAGAGAGAAACUUGGCCAACUAUUUUAUCGCGUCCUUCAAAGAAGACUGUUGGCAUGAAAUUGUGGAUCAAAAGAUGAUAGAGGAGUCUUCAGAAUAUAACCAACUGUAUGAAGUUGCAAAGUUGGCUAUACAAUGUCUUAAGCUUCAAGGUGAUGAGAGGCCAACUAUGAAAGAAGUGGCAAUGGAGUUAGAAGGUUUAAGAAUCAUUCAAAAUCAUUCAUGGUCAUGGAGGAAUCAUCAUAACAAUCAAUACAAUCCAGAAGAGGUUGAAGGUUUGUUAGUCCAUGAGGUACCAGAUCACAAUUCCUACGAAGAAAGUAGUAUCUAUUCUGCAAAUUAUGAUACCAUGAGGAACCAUGCCAUAACACCAUUGGAGGGUGGAAGAUAAAUCAUCAUCAUCAUCUAUUCAAAAAUAAUAUCAACCCAUUCUUAAUUUGGUAAUGCAUCAUCUUUAUAAAGUGUAAUUCCUUUAUUUUAUCCUUUUUUUUGUAUCAUAUUGGAUUUCAAUCAAAAUUUUAUGCA